UGCGUACGGACUGGGUCUCUGACACUGAUGCUGCUGUAUGUUGUUCUGUUCGUCACGGCUCACACAGCCCACAGCAUCUACCCAAGGAUACGGCUCUCUCACAAAGAGCUUUGGCAGCUGAACAGGACCUGGGUGUUUGUGGGACAUGGGACAGCACCUCUUCAGCCCCAGACCAUGUUGCUGGAUGAGGGCCAUGGGAGGAUUUAUGUUGGGGCCAAGAAUACUCUGUUCUCCCUUAGCCUGGACCAGGUCAACACACACCAUAGAGAGAUCCAGUGGGCCAGUACAGAAUCUCAGAUUGAGGAGUGUUUGAUGAAGGGAAGGGAAAAGUCGGAGUGUGCUAACUACAUCAAGGUCUUGCAACAGUACAACCAGACUCAUUUGCAGGUCUGUGGAACCGGAGCUUUUAACCCCAUCUGUGUCCUGGUCAGAGUGGGACACACUGGGCAGGACAGGCUGUUUGCUCUUGAAGAAGACAGUGUCAUGAGUGGCAGAGGACGCUGUCCAUACGACUCCAACAGUCCCUGCACGUCUACGCUCUCCAGAGGAGAGCUGUAUAUUGGCCUGUACACAGACUACUGGGAGAAUGAUGGUGCGUUUUGUCGACUUAACAACCAGACCUACACACGCACUGAAAGAGACGACAGGCAGCAACUUAAUGAACCUACAUUUGUGGGGUCUGCAGUUAUUCCUGACAACGACGACAGAGAUGAUGAUAAAGUUUACUUCUUCUUCACUGAGCGGGAGACGGAUGCUGAGGGAGGAAACAAGGCUGUGUAUACUCGUGUGGGCCGAGUCUGUGCGAAUGACCAAGGAGGACAGAGAAUGCUGGUGAACCGAUGGAGCUCUUUCCUGAAAACUCGUCUCAUCUGCUCUGUGGCUGGACCAAAUGGCAUUGAUACACACUUUGAUGAACUUGAGGAUGUGUUUGUGCUCAAGAACAAGGAUGGGAAAAACCCUGAAAUCUUUGGCCUCUUUAGCACCACAAGUGUGGUGUUUAAAGGCUAUGCAGUGUGUGUCUAUCACAUGGAUGAAAUAAGAGCAGCCUUUAAUGGCCCAUUUGCUUACCGAGAGAGACCUGAGCAUCACUGGACAGCUUAUGAAGACAGAGUUCCCUACCCACGACCUGGAUCUUGUGCGAGUAAAGUGAACGGAGGUGGCUUCUCAAGCUCUAAGGAGUUUCCUGAUGAGGUUUUGCGGUUUGUGCGUUCUCAUCCUGUGAUGUAUCGUCCAGUCCUUCCACAGCACCGUAGACCUGUCCUGCUGCAGACAGAGCCAGGCAGGAGAAAGCUCACCCAGAUCGCUGUGGACAGAGUCCAAGCCCAGGACGGACACUAUCAUGUUCUCUACAUUGGCACUGAUGACUCAGUGGUGUUGAAAGUUAUCACCAUCUACAACAAAGACACAGACACUAUGGAGGAGGUGCUGCUGGAAGAGCUGCAAGUAUUCAAGGUGGCAGCACCAAUAAGAGAGAUCAUAAUAUCACCUAAACGGCAACAGCUGUAUGUUGGAUCAGAAGUGGGUGUGGCCCAAGUCAGACUGCAUCAGUGUGACCUCUAUGGCUCAGAAUGUGCUGAUUGUUGUCUGGCCAGAGACCCUUACUGUGCCUGGGAUGGUCUCACCUGCACCAGAUACUACCCUGCUGGAGUCUACACCAAAAGCAGGCGAUUCAGACGGCAGGAUGUUCGCCAUGGCAACGCUGUCCAGCUGUGCAAUGGGCUGCAAAUUGAUGAUGAACAAUGGCAAAGAGCUGAGGAGAGGCUAGUGUACGGUGUGGAGAGCAACAGCACUUUACUCGAGUGUGUCCCUCGAUCACUUCAAGCCAAGGUCCUCUGGUUCUUACAAAAAGCCGGAGAGAAACAUGAGAUUCGAGAUGAUGAGCGAGUUCUUUUGACCUCCCACGGGCUGCUGUUUUUACGAGUGAGAAGCUCUGAUGCUGGUAUGUACGUAUGCCAGACUGUGGAACAUGGAUAUGUGCACACAUUAUUACGUAUCUCUCUACACGUGCUCAGGGGGGAAAGGGUGGAGUCAGCAAUCCACAGAGCCAAUGAUGGGGAAGGAGAGAAAGCGGUAGUUCCAUGCCUCUCCUCUACGGGCCCCCCACCAGUCUCCAGCAUCAGCCCCAGGGCUCUGGGGCCAGCUUCAGUCCAAGGCCCCCACUCCAGGCUGUGGUACAAGGAGUUUCUCCAGCUGAUUGGCUACGGGGAUGCUCAGAGAGUAGAGGAGUACUGUGAGAGAGUGUGGUGCUCUGAUAAAAAACGCAAAAAGACCAAAAGGAAGUAUGCUCCUCCGAGUGGCGAGAAGAGAGGGAAAGGGAGAAGAGAGGAGAACUCCCACCGAGUGCCCAGGCACACCGUGGACACCUGAGGAGAACGGAGAUUGACUCACACACACACACACACACACACACACACACACACACACACACACACACACACACACACACACACACACACACACUAAAGGUCAGAUUCAAUCCGUGUUUGCACCAUGUAAAAUGUAUUUACUUUGCUUUCAACAAGAGUAGUAACAACAGAAAAGCAACAGUACUGCAGCAGGUUGUUUAGCUGUUGUAGCGACAUAUAUCAGUGGCUUGACUGUGGCUUACAACUUGUUUGAGUCUAUCAAAAUGAGCACCAUGUUUGAUUGCUUUGUUGUCAGAGACAGAGACAACAAAGCAAGACCCUGUGUACAUUAAACGUCAGUGUCAGAGCAGCAGAGGACCUGGAAGGUGAUGGAGGACUGAUUUAUCCAUGUUGCCUCUGAUCUGAAUAGAGAGAAUAUAAUAUUUAAGCUCCUGUGGACUGAUCCCGCCCGACCCAGCUGUCAAUCCAAACACAAGAAAGAGACCCGCGGCCCACCUCUCCUUCAAUGGCUCAAUGUGACAAACUCUUACUAUUAUGAGAGAAAACUAUGUUCAUGGUAAAGGCCUUCUAUUCUUCUUUGGUACUAUGAUAACUUAUUUCUGUUGUUGUUUUUGAUGUCUUAAACUGGAAAAUAUAAUGUUAUUGUUUUUGUAUAGUGAAUAAUGCCUUGAGCUUCAUUAUAAUGCUAUUUUGAUGACAGUAUGGUCAUCCUUGUGGUGUGUGUGUGUGUAUAGCCGCAAAGCAUACACUCGAUGCUGCAAUGCCACUAUUAUUGAUAUUUGAGGCAUGUUUUGAUUAUAAUUAUGGCCUCAACGGAAUAAUGACUAUUUAAGCACUUGUAAAAAUGUUGCAGUAGACGAAAAGUGGUCCCAUCCUUGAAUAUAAGUGUUAUUGUAAGUGUCUACAUCUACAUCAAACGAUCAAAUGUACCAACAGUAUUGUGUGUAUUGUAUAUUGUAUUUAUCUAAAAUCCAGGGUGGUCUUUGUCUGCACAUCUGGUAACUAUAGAGAUGUAUUCAAAGUCAUCCUUCUCUGCUGGCUUCUCUUCUUUUUCCUUCUGUUUCUCACUCUCUCCCUUACUUGUUUUAUGUCUCCCUCUAUCCCCCCUCUCUCUUCUCAUGCCUUUUGUUUGUCUGUAACGAUGUUCCAGAUGGGAUUCAUAAUUAACACAACAAAACAGCAAUGGAGAACACCACAUUUCACCCAGAAGAAAAAGUCAAAUAGGGGGACGAUCCAGGCUUGCAAUUAGCAAAACUGAUGAGUCAGCCUCAUGAAUAUUCAGUUAAUCCUGAGAUGACAAAACAAUCUGUUGUUACAGUAACAUGCAUUGUAGGGGUUUUGUCUAAGAGGACCACCUCCUUUUCCAUGCCGUGCCUUAUUUAUCGCUUGAUUUUGUCACUUUAGAGUUUUUACCUUUUUCUAUUCCCUGUUUUCAUAAUGGGGUAAAAAACAAUCGCUUGUCAAGGUUUAAUAUAGUCACUCCUCAUUCUCCUUGACUAUUCUUCAACUAAGACAUUUGACUUAGAUUGAAAAUGUUGUAUCUGUUGUACUAGUUAUGAAUACCUGCCAUUAAAAGAAAUGGACCAUCUUUCCCUGAUGUCACCUCUGUGGUUUAGCCAUCAACAAUGACACAGUAUUUCAGUCUACACACGCAGCCAUAUUGAGAGAUUGAGCCAAUGAAGCAGAAAGAAAGAGGUAG